AUGGCUGAACCAAUUCCAACAUCUGAGGUUGAUUUAGAGUCAAAUGAAUCUGAAGUAGCUUUAUCUACUACACUAAUGGUUGAACCAAAAAUGGGACCAUGUCAACCACUUCCAACAGAACUUCCUGGCGGUAAAUAUCCAGUUAUAAAUGGUCAUCGAUUUUCACCAAAAUUGUAUCAUAGAAUAUUACCUUAUGGGACUGUAACAAGACGGAAUUGGUUAUCAUAUUCUAAGUCAACUGAACGUUUGUAUUGUAUUGAAUGUAUACUUUUUCCUGGAAAGGGUAAAAAUGCUCCUAAUAAAGCUUGGGUUAUUGAUGGUUAUAAAAAUUGGAGUACUUGUACUAACAAAAUAGAAAAUCAUGAAAAAACUUCAGCACAUAUUUACUCUUCACUCACACUUAAAAUUCGACAAUCAUCCUUACCAUUGGUACCAUCUAUAGCUACUAAAAAAAAUGAAGAAGUUUUCAUGAAUAGAGAAAUGAUCAAAGAGCUGAUUGACAUAACACUAUUUUUAGGAAGACACAAUAUGGCUUUUAGAGGGCAUAGGGAAAACUGGCAAAAUAACAUGUAUGGCAAUUUCAAAGAUUUAUGUUCUUUAAUAUCAAAAUUUUCCCCUGCAAUGGCAACUUAUUUCAGUUAUCAAAAGCAAAAAUAUAAAAUUAAUCAACGUUCUCAAUACUCAUUUACUUCAUGGCGCCGACAGAAUGCGUUGAUUGAUAUAGUGUCAAAUUAUAUAAAAUCAAGAUUAAACUAA